AUGGCUACAGCCGCCUCUCUUGCGUUCUCCACUAUUGCAACUCCUCCGCGGCAGCAACCGGGCACCCCUGCUCGACGCCCACGACCUGCCAGGGCCUUGCGCCUGCGAUCCUCUGCCACAGCGGCCGCAGAGGCUGCCACCACCACCCGUGCCGCCGCCGUGCCGCCGCCCGUGGCGCCGGCGCUGGUGGCGGGGUCGCCGCCCGCCGGCGCCGCCUUCCCGAUCCCGCCGGAGCGGCUGGUGGCGCUGGCCAAGCAGGUGCACGCCACCGACACAGGCAUCGCCGACGACUCCGUGCUAUCGGACGACUUCCGUUUCGAGUUCCCCAUCAUCAAGCUCUCCCGUGAGGAGUAUCUCAAGACCGUCCGGGGGUUCACGUUUCGCCAAGGCAUCCCCAACCUCAGCAGCAACGCCUAUGACUUCCGAGUGGACCCGUACGAGAGCAACCGGGUGUGGUUCACCAUCCGUACCAGCGGCACGCACACCGGCCCCUUCAGCUUUGGCAGGGCCACCUACCCUGCCACGGGGGCCACCAUCCAGGGCCCGCCCGAGUGCUGCAGCUACACCUUCAACGAGGAGGGCAAGGUCACCUCCUUCACGGGAGGAUACGUGAUGGACAACAGGGUGGGGAACACCAAGGGCCUGGGCGCCGCCUUUGGCAUCCUGGCUGCCUGCGGCGUGCGCAUCCCCACCCCCAACUCUUUGGAGUGGGAGUUUGCGGUGAGGGUCAACGGACUGCUGCAGUGGGCCGACAAGACCUUUGGGAAACAGGGGUGA